AUGGAUACACCAUCAAAUCCCACUCCUCAACCCCCAAUCCAAAGCGUCAUUCCCUCUCAACCUCAACCCAAUCCUAAGGGAGGCAUCAAUGCCAUCACCCUAAGAUCCGGAACACAAUUAAAAGAGAAGGGAGCAAAGGAUUCAAACCCCAUCACAACCGCUCAAGAGGAAGAGAGAAUAAAUAUAGAUGAGGUAGUGGAAGAGGAGACACCACAAGUCAUAGUUGAGGAUGAAGAAGCUCAACCAACAAAAGAGACCCCCAAGACUAAGAGAACCUUGGAAGAAGAAAUUGCUCAACCACUCCCAUUUCCAACACUUACAAAGAAAGCUAGGAAGCGCGUAGAACUCGACCCCAAAAUGAUAGAAACGUUCAAGAAAGUCGAGGUAACCAUCCCCCUCUUUGAUGCUAUCCAUCAAGUUCCUAGAUAUGCAAAAUUCCUUAAAGAUCUAUGCAUGAACAAGGAUAGAAUUCUUGAAUUGGAAACCAUCCCAUUGGGGAGUUCUAUUUCCGCUUUAAUGGGAGCAUUGCCCGAGAAAUGUGAUGAUCCAGGCCCUUGUAUGGUCACUUGCACCGUCAAUGGAGUUCAAUUCAUAGAUUGUAUGUGUGACCUUAGAGCAUGUGUUAGUAUCAUGCCUCUCUCCGUCUACCGGGUAUUGAAGUUGCCACCACUAAAAAGGUCGACGGCAAGAUUUGUCCUAGCGGAUAAAAGCAUAAUAAUCGUGACGGGUGUUGCGGAAGAUGUACUGGUGAAUAUCAAAGGGUUGGUGUUUCCGAUUGACUUCUAUGUCCUUGAAAUGCCAUCAAGCGAAACCGAGAGAGCAUCAUCCAUCCUACUUGGAAGACCAUUUUUGAGAACUUCUAGAUUUAAGCUAGAUGCCUACUCGGGAACCUACUCAUUUGAGACAGAUGGGAGAGUCGUAAGUUUUAGCCUAGAAGAAGCAAUGAAUCAUCCACCGGAGAAUCACUCUCUAUUCUAG